AUGUUCGUGUUUUUGAACAACUACAUCAAUGCAAGCGAACCGUGCAUACAGUUUGCCUGGUAUCUAGGGGCAGACUUUCAACUUUAUCUGCUCGGUACAGCGUUAAUGAUCGUAAUGCGGAUUCCGAAGCUGUUUAAACCUACCUUAGUGUGUAUGUUGCUUGGCGCCUUUCUGGGACCGAUGAUCGUCAUUUAUCGAUAUCACCUGGAUGCUACAGUGAUGAUGAUACUACGAUACGUUCUUCAAGAAAUUCGCACAUUACCAUACUACUUGCGCGUGUAUAUUCCAUUCGAGACAAAUGCAGGCAACUAUUUUUCGCUAACUAUCUGCUGCCUAUAA